CGCAGAGGGAGUAGGAAGUCAAAAUUAUUAAAUUUAAAAAAUAAAUAAAAUGAUUUACAAUAUUAUAUCAUUGUGUAUAUUCGUCUCUUGUUUCGUUACCAUUAAGACAGAUACACCAUGUGCGGCGAGGCAGAUAUCAGGUCAAUCAGUUGUGUGUGUUUGUAAUGCGACAUACUGUGACGAUUUCACUAGGGAUGAACCCGAGCAAGGGUCGUACAAGAUCUACACAUCUUCGGAGAGUGGCCUUCGAUUCAAUAAAAGCGAGGGAACUUUAGGAGAAAGUACAUUAUGCCUCUUGUGUAGCAAUACUUUUGAAAUACAACCGGACAAGACUCAUCAAGAAAUCCAAGGGUUUGGUGGAGCAGUGACUGACGCUGCUGGCAUCAAUUGGAAGAGCUUAGAUUCAACUAUACGAGACUAUUUGAUAAAGUCAUAUUAUAGCAACAAGGGGUUGGAGUACAAUUUUGUGAGAGUUCCCAUUGGUGGUAGCGAUUUCUCUACACGUGCGUACGCGUACAAUGAACUGCCUGAAAAUGAUGUUAAUCUCUCCAACUACACUUUGUCUCCAGAGGAUUAUGAAUAUAAGAUACCCAUGAUACAAGCAAUAAAUUCGGCAAGCAGUGUUCCCGUCAACAUCAUGGGCACCACCUGGUCGCCGCCCGUGUGGAUGAAGACUAACAACGCGUAUACUGGAGUCAGUCGAUUGAAGGCUGAAUACUAUCAGACGUAUGCUGAUUAUCAUAUAAAAUUCAUGGAACAAUACGCAGCGGAGAACAUUACAAUAUGGGGAAUCACCACAACCAACGAACCCCUGAACGGAGUUCUUGGAAUCAUUCCAUUCAACUGUCUGGGAUGGACUGCUAGUGAAUUGGGUAGCUGGAUUGCCAAGUACUUAGGACCAACGGUGCGCAACUCUACAUUCAAGGAUAUCAAAAUCUUGACUGGUGAUGACCAGCGCUACUCGGUUCCUUUAUACUUUAAUGUGUUAGUAGCAAAGUAUCCAGAAGCCCUUGACUACAUAGAUGGCGUUGGUGUGCAUUAUUAUGCGAAUGUCAUAGUGCCAGCGGAAAUUCUAGAUAUUUCUAUAGACCAGUAUCCAGAAAAGUUCUUAUUGGGCACUGAGGCUUGUGCAGGAUUCUUACCGACCGACACUAAAGUUCUUCUGGGCUCUUGGGACAGAGCGAACUCAUAUAUAAAAGCAAUAUUGCAGGAUCUGAACCACGAAGUGAGCGGCUGGAUCGAUUGGAAUUUAUGCCUGGAUACAACAGGGGGACCAAACUGGGCAUCAAAUUUCGUCGACUCCGCCGUUAUUGUGAACGCAACCGCCCAAGAGUUUUACAAGCAGCCAAUGUACUACGCUCUAGGACAUGUCUCCAAGUUUGUGCCUAAAGGUUCUCUGAGAAUCGAAGUUUCCGAAUCAAAAGGACUGUUACAAUCUUCCAUACCUAAUGCAGCUUUCUUGACGCCCAGAAAUACAACAGUAUUGGUCCUUGCGAAUACUGGAGGAAACAGGAAGGUGAAAGUGAAGCGUUCAGACGACUCCAUGGUGUUGGACCUUAUCGCAAAUUCUAUUGUGACCGUUGAGUUUAACAAUUAAGGAUAUUAAUUGAAAAUAGUU